UUCUGUUGCGGGAUGGUUAAUUUCUUUUGCAGCAGUUCCAAGAAACUAGCAAGAAAAGUACCUUUACUCGUGAUGCCGUUGGUUUCAUCAUGAUAGAAACAAACAUUUCUUGGGUGCUUACUGUAGGCUAACUCGUGCCAACGGCUGUACCGGGAUUGCCUCAUUUUGUGCUUAUCGACUUGUUUGCCUUCCCCGUGGUUGAGACACGUGAGGGGAAUAGAUUGUUUGCCCCACUGUUGUUCCAGUCUCUUAGAGGAGCAGAAUCCGUGUCCACACCAAGACAGGGUUUUAAAUUCCACCGUUGGGGUUGUAGCCACAUGUUUCACUGGGAGGUGGGACCUAAAUGCUGAAGCUGUACUGCCUGUGUUCACAUCCAGUCACCUCUGAGCUGCCUCCCCUCCAGGGACCGAGAAGGGAGGAGUACAGGCCGCAGAGUAGCUGAAGGGUUUGACUUGCAUGGGUGUGUUUGGCGCAUGUGGCCCAGGACCAGGUGCCCUGGCUGUUGGAAGAUGCUCACGGUGGCGAUGUGCAUGGCCCUUCUGGGCUGCCUGCAGGCCCGGGAGCUCCAGGGACACGUCUCUGUAAUCCUGCUGGGAGCAACUGGGGACCUAGCCAGAAAGUACUUGUGGCAGGGGCUGUUCCAGCUCUACCUGGACGAGGCAGGCAAGGCCUACAAUUUCAGCUUCCACGGGGCUGCCCUGACAGACACCAGGCAGGGCCAGGAGUUCAUAGCCAAGGUCCUGGAGUCCCUCUCCUGCCCGGUGGAUGUGGCACCCGGGCGCUGUGCCGAACUCAAAGGCCAGUUCCAGCGGCUGAGUGGGUACCGGCGCCUGAGGACCCGUGAGGACUACAUGGCCCUGAGCACGGACAUUGAGGCCCGGGUCCAACAUGAGGGCCUCCGGGAGGCUGGCAGGAUUUUCUACUUCUCGGUGCCGCCCUUUGCCUACGCGGACAUUGCCCGCAACAUUAACAGCAGCUGCCGCCCUGGCCCAGGCGCCUGGCUGCGGGUCGUCCUCGAGAAGCCCUUCGGCCAUGACCACCUCUCAGCCCAGCAGCUGGCCACGGAACUCGGGAGCUUUUUCCGAGAGGAGGAGAUGUACCGGGUGGACCACUACCUGGGCAAGCAGGUCGUGGCUCAGAUCCUGCCUUUCCGAGACCAGAACCGCAAGGCCCUGGACGGCCUCUGGAACCGGCACCAUGUGGAGCGGGUAGAGAUCAUCAUGAAGGAGACGGUGGACGCAGAGGGCCGCACCGGCUUCUACGAGCAGUACGGCGUCAUUCGCGACGUGCUCCAGAACCACCUGACGGAGGUGCUCACCCUCGUGGCCAUGGAGCUGCCGCACAACGCCAGCAGCUCCGAGUCUGUGCUCCAGCACAAGCUGCGCGCCUUCCGGGCCCUGCGGGGCCUGCAGAAGGGCAGCGCCGUCCUGGGCCAGUACCAGGCGUACAGCGAGCAGGUGCGCCGAGAGCAGCAGAAGCCCGACACCUUCCACAGCCGGACGCCCACCUUCGCAGGCGUCCUCGUGCUCAUAGACAACCUGCGCUGGGAGGGCGUCCCUUUCAUCCUGAUGUCCGGCAAAGCCCUGGACGAGCGAGUGGGCUACGUCCGCGUCUUGUUCAGGAACCGGGCCUACUGCACGCAGAACCGCGAGCGCUGGGUCGCCGGGCAGAGCCCGUGCCUCCCCCGGCAGAUCGUGUUCCACGUCGGGCACGGCCAGCUGGGCGUCCCCGCCGUGCUGGUCAGCCGGAACCUGUUCAGGCCCUCGCUGCCCCCCGGGAGCUGGAAGGAGCUGGAGGGCCGCCCGGGGCUCCACCUCUUCGGCCGCCCUCUGUCCGAUUACUACGCCUACAGCCCCGUGAGGGAGCAGGACGCCUACUCCGUCCUCAUCUCCCACAUCUUCCACGGCCGGAAGGACUCCUUCAUCACCACGGAGAACUUGCUGGCCUCCUGGGGCUUCUGGACGCCCUUGCUGGACAGCCUGGCCCACGAGGCCCCACGCCUCUACCCAGGGGGAGCCGAGAACGGGCACCUGCUGGACUUCGAGUUCCGCGGCGCCCAGCUGUGCUUCUCCCAGCAGCAGCCCGAGCGGCUGGUGCCAGAGCCCGGCUCCGCGCCGACGCCCAGUGCCUUCCAGGUUCUCAGGGCCACGUACCGAGACAGCCCGCUGAUCUCGGCCUGGCCCGAGGAGCUGAUCGCGAAGCUGGCCGACGACAUCGAGGCGGCCGCCGUGCGGGCCGUGCGGCGCGCCGGCACCUUCCACCUGGCCCUGUCGGGCGGCUCGAGCCCCGUGCCCCUGUUCCAGCAGCUGGCCACCGGGCACUACGGCUUCCCCUGGGCCCACACGCACCUGUGGCAGGUGGACGAGCGCUGCGUCCCGCUCUGGGACCCCGAGUCCAACUUCCAGGCCCUGCAGGCUCACCUGCUGCAGCACAUCAGGGUCCCCUACUACAACGUGCACCCCAUGCCCGUGCACCUGCACCAGCGGCUCUGCGCCGAGGAGGACCGGGGCCCCCAGAUGUACGCCAGCGAGAUCUCCGCCCUGGUGGCCAACAGCAGCUUCGACCUGGUGCUGCUGGGCAUGGGCAUGGACGGGCACACGGCCUCCCUCUUCCCGCACUCGCCCGCCGGCCUGGACGGCGAGCCGCUGGUCGUGCUGACCGAGAGCCCCUCGGCGCCCCAGCAGCGCAUGAGCCUCAGCCUGCCCCUCAUCAACCGCGCCCGGAAGGUGGCCAUCCUGGUCAUGGGCCGCGUGAAGCGCGAGAUCACCCUGCUGGUGAGCCGCGUGGGCCACGAGCCCAAGAAGUGGCCCAUUUCAGGCGUCCUGCCUGGUUCCGGCCAGCUGGUCUGGUACAUGGAUUACGAGGCGUUUCUGGGGUGAGGGCGCCGUUGGCCUUGGCUCACUCCCAGGCUCGCUGUCCCUGUACCGCUCCCCUCCCCUCCGUCCCGUCACCUGCCCUUCUGGAACCAUC